AUGUCUUCUCACCGAUCCGACAACGAAAGUGACACCGAAGUUUUUGUCGAUGCCGAAGAAUCACUUGACCAAAAUACUCUGACCACUACAAUAUCUUCGGAUAAUAUCAAUGGAUUAGAGUCGAACAAUUCUAAUAAUGAUAGUGUUCAACCGGAUCCAACUCUUUCAAAUAAGCCAGCAGCCAUAGAAAUUCCUCAGAUCUCUGUGACUGACAUGUCUUAUGAAGAUAAUAAAGAGUUAUCAGAUUUAACAAAGGAUCAGGAAAAUGGUCAUGUUACUAUACCUGAAAAUGAACCUGUUGAUGUCACUGUUUAUGUUAAAGAUUUGGAUACUGGCAAGAAAAUACCAGCAUCCGAUCUUGAAGAAGAAAUUAAAAAAUCAAAUGGAAAUAUUGAUCCAUUAUCUUUUCACAUAAUGCAACGGACAGGUUCAGAUACAGAAAUGAAUCAUGAUGAAAAUCACACAAGAAGCAUAAGCGAUGAGGACAUUAAUACUACUGAAGACAAACCUAAUAGGUAUGAUCAUGUUGUCUAUCAGGACGACGGUAUUACCGGAAAUACUGCACCAGUAUUUUCCGAAAAUGCAGAUGGUUUUGGACGUGCUCAGCCUCGAUACAUAAAAACUCGAGCACGAAACAAACCAAUUAAAGAAUUUGAUCGACUUUUUCUUGCCCAAGAAUUGUAUAAUCCACUUUCUAGUGAUGAUGACGGUUUGACCGAUUUUAAAACUGGUGCUAUUUGGUCUAUGAAAUUCAGCAAGGACGGAAAGUUCUUGGCAACAGGUGGUCAAGAUACUGUUGUUAGGGUGUGGGCUGUUAUCUCAAGUGACGAAGAACGGGAGCAUUUUCUUGAGGGAAGUGGGACGAGUGUAUAUGAAGGUAUCAGUGGUGCAAAACUAGGAGCUCCUGUUUUUCGCGAUAAACCAUUGUAUGAAUAUCGCGGGCAUACGGCUGAUAUAUUAGACCUGAUCGCCUCUUGGAAUGAGCUUAGCGAUUCUCAGUUAAUUACUGCCGUUGGUUUUACUCUUGACGGUAAAAUGGCUGUUGCAGGAAGUUUAUCCGGAAAAUGUCUUUUUUAUGAAACGGAUGGGUUGAAAUAUAAUACACAAAUUCAUGUGAAAAGUGCGCGUGGCAAAAAUUCACAGGGCAAAAAAAUAACUGGAAUUGAGUCAAUGCCAGGAACUCUUCCUGGCCAAGAAAAGUUAUUGAUAAGCUCGAAUGAUUCAAGGAUUAGAUUAUAUAAUAUGCGGGAUAAAUCUUUGGAAUGCAAAUUUAAAGGAAUUGAAAAUACCAUAACAGUCGCCAUAUUUGCACCUACUCGUACAAAACAAUUAAUUAGUCUUUGUGGUGAUCCAAUUUUUGCACAUACUGUUAAUAAUGAAAAUUCAGCUAGUCAAACUUAUCCUGAUGGCAAUAUAAUUGUUUGUGCUGAUUAUACUGGAAGUAUAAAAAUUUUCAGGCAAGAUUGCGCUUAUUACCCUUCUCGUGAUUCUGAUUCGUUUCAAUGUUCCUGUGGGUCAACUGAGUUUAAGGCUUUUGUCAAGGAUGGAGCACCUAAAUUGAUUUGUGCAAGUUGUAAUCAAAUCAAUUAA